AUGAGGUGGAACAACAACACCUCUGGGUUUGCGCCUAGGAGGAUGGCCCAGCUAGUGAGUGAUGGUAGUAGGCCUGACAAGGUUUUCAAGGACAAUGAUAUGAACUUAGUGGCCAAGGACCUUAAGGACUAUAGUGGGGAGGCUGUUAGCCCAACUCAGGACCACCCUAAGGAUGCUGAGUUCCUUAACUAUCCUAUAAGGUUCUACCCAGAGAUGGAGGCCAUCUUUAGUCAUGCAAUGGCCACUAGUAGGUUUGCACUAGGUUCUGGUGAAGCCCUUGGGGUGAACCAGGCUGAUAGUGUAGCUGUUAAGGCUAAGGGGUCUGCCUUUAAUAAUGGCUAUGAGGAGAAAACCAACACUAAAGUUGGUGAGGGUAGCAAGGCCACAGAGCUGUUGGCCACAUCUAGGUUGGGUGAAAAGAGGAAGAGAGGCACAUUCACUGAGGAUGAGAUGCUCUUGCUCACCAACAUGUCAGAUGCAGCGAAUAAUGUUGCUAAUGCUCUUAGGAAAACAUGUCUAGCCCAUGUUGAUGCUAAUCUCUACCUUGCUAUUAUGGAGAGUCCUGGCUUUUCUGAGGAGGCUCUCAUAGUAGCCUACACCUACCUGCUGGACAACAAGACCCAAGGCAGGGGCUUUGUUGGCAUGAGUGAUAGCCAUAGGGACAUUUGGCUUAGGAACUACCUAGCCAAGAACUACUACAUGUAG